AUGUCUACAUUUUCUAAUAUAGAUUAUAAUAGUGCAGCAUAUAAUGCAUAUCGUCCAACAUAUCCACAAAAAUUAUUCGAAAAAAUUUACAAUUAUCAUAAAUCACAUAAUGGAUCAUUUGAUGCAGCAUUAGACGUGGCAACUGGAACAGGUCAAGUGACUCAAGUAUUAGCCGAUUCAUUUAAAAAAGUUUAUGGUGUAGAUUCAUCAGCGACAAUGUUAGAAAAUGCAGUUAAAAAAUCAAAUAUUACAUAUUCGAUCUCGACUGCUGAAAAUCUCAAUCAAUUUGAUGAUUCUUCAAUUGAUUUAUUAACUGUCGCUGAGGCUGCUCAUUGGUUUGAUUUACCUAAAUUUUUAGAGGAAUCUUAUCGUGUUCUUAAAUCACCAUCGUCAUCAUCCGGGGGUGGUGGUACACUUGCAAUUUGGGGUUAUAGUUAUAAUCUUUUUGAUAAUUAUCCAACUGCUUCGGAAUUGUUGAUUGAUCAUUAUAUAGAUUUGAUGGGUGAUUAUAAGGAGAAAGAAGGUAGAUUGAUACUUGAGAAUCUAUAUAGAGGAUUUGAGAUUCCUGAACGUUUAUUUAAAAAUGUUAAAUUCGAAAUUUACGAUGGAACUAAAGAGAGUGAGCAAUAUCGUUUGAUGGAGGCUGAUUGGACAGUUUCUCAAUUUGAAAAAUAUUUAAAAACAUCAAGCUGUUAUAAGACGUUUUUAUCAAAAAACCCAAAUGCUGAGGAUCCAGUUAAUAAAUUUAUGGCAAGGAUAAAAAAAGUAGAAGGUUGGGAAGACAAUCAAUUAUUAAAAGUUUAUUGGCGUACGGCUUUUAUCCUGGCUGAAAAGAAUUAG